GAUUAUACGUUCAUCGACCUGCUCUUCGUCAAUGAAACCCAUAAUGGCAUCUCCACUUUGGUCCAAUGCGCUACUCAAUUCCAUUUUUCUUCUCUCUUUUUGGAUUUCUCCCUCUCUGCUGAACUUUGGAUGAACUUUCUUGCCUGUGUUUCAAUGGAAGUUUCACCUGGAACACAUUGAUUUUCUCCAUCUUUUGUUCUAAAGGAACAUUUCAUUCCAGCCCUCAUGUCCAAAAUUGGAAGCAUGUUUUUCUGCUGCAGUUCAUCAAAUAAAUACAAGAGAUUGGAUGAAAAGCUUGGAAGAAAAAUGCUUGAAGUUAAAAGAAAUUUAGCUGGACAUGACAAUUUCAAGUCAUUAAAUGGCAUAAUCUUGAGAUUUCCCCAAUUCAAAGAAGGAUUACAAGACAUCAGAGGUGUAUUUGAACAAUAUGAUGAAGAUUCCAAUGGAAGCAUUGAUCCCGAAGAACUCAAGAAAUGCUUACAACAGCUGCAAAUGCAUAUGACCGAGGAGGAAGUCAAGGAUCUUUUCCACUCUUGUGACAUUGAUGGAAGUGCUGGAAUACAAUUCAACGAGUUCAUCGUUCUCCUAUGUCUUAUAUAUCUCCUCAAGGACCAGCAUUUGCCCAACAUAUCAAAGCUGGGCUCACCUCGACUUGCAGCAACUUUUGACACAAUUAUCCAAGCUUUCAUAUUUCUUGAUAAAAAUGGCGACGGAAAGCUCAACAAAAAAGAAAUGGUCAAGGCUUUGAAUGCUCCAUGCGAGAGAUCUCCUGCACGCAUUACACAAACUAGAUUCAGGGAAAUGGACUGGAACAACAGUGGAAAGGUCAAUUUCAGGGAGUUUCUAUUUGGUUUCAUUAAUUGGGUUGGAAUUGACACUGAUGAUGACCUCUCUCUUACAUGAAGCUUAAACAAAUAAGAGUUCAAUGUUACUAUGUAGAGUUCAAUGUUGUGAAGACCGACUCGAGAGGAUCGAUAAGGCGAAAAAAUGUACGUAUAUCUACUUUAUUGUUUAGGCAGUUAAUAUCAAUAUAUAUGAUAUUAGGUUUGUAACAAAAAUGCAUAUUACAUUACAUAUAUAUAUGUUAUUUGCUACCACACUUUCAUUCUA